CUCCUCCUCCCUCCCCCCACCUCCUAACUGCUCCAACCGUCUCCCUCUUCCCUUCCUUUUAAUCCGCAAUCUCUCCAUUUCUCUCUCUCUCUCUCUCUCUCUCUCUGUGUCUUCUUGACUUCUUCAUAAUCAUCAUAUUCUUCUUCUUCAUCUCGUUCUCUGCAAGGAGAGCUAAAGAUUCUGUCGACAGACGAAGAAACAUGCCGGCGACAGAGUACCAGGGAUCGUUUCUCGGGCGGAUAAGCAUCCGCCGGAACCAGGUGGUCUCCAUGGACGGCAACCACGAGCAGGAGCUCGAGGACCUCGAGAUCUUCCAGAAGAACAUCUCCGACCGCUUCUCCGACCUCCUCUCCGACGAUUCCUCCUCCUCCUCCUCCUCGUCCGAGCCCUUCCUCUCCAUCGCCUGGGUCCGCAAGCUGCUUGAUGUUUACCUCUGCUGCGAAGCCGAGUUCAAGGCCGUCCUCAUCAUGGGCCGCGACCCUUCCCUGAUCUCCAAGCCCCCGCUCGAUCGAGUGCUCCCUGAGCUCCUCGACAGGUCCGUGAAGGCCCUCGAUAUCUGCAACGCCGUGAUGCACGGGGUCGACUCCGUGAGGCAGUGCCAGAAGCUGGCGGAGAUCGCCGUGGCCGCCCUGGAGCAGCGGCCUCUCGGGGAGGGACAGGCGAGGCGGGCCAAGAAGGCCCUAGCCGGGCUUAUGACCGCUUUGGGGAUAGACGAUAAGGACAGUGGCAGCCACAAAUCCACCGAGCGAGCAUGGUCUUUCGGCCGCCGUGGGGGCUGUGGCGGCGGCUCGGCGGCCAAGGACCGGGGGUUGGGACAGUUCCGGGCCCCAUCCUGGGGGGUGCCGAAGAACUGGUCCGCGGCCAAGCAGAUUCAAUCGAUGUCAUCCAAUCUGGUGGCGCCACGUGGGGCGGACUCCACUGGGCUCGCCAUGCCCGUCUACAUCAUGAGCAUUGUGACGGUGUUCGUGAUGUGGGCCCUCAUGGCGGCCAUCCCCUGCCAGGAGCGAAGCGGACUCGCCUCCCAUUUCCAGGUGCCGAGGCAAUUGGGGUGGGCGCAGGCGAUGAUGUCGCUGCACGAGAAGAUCGGGGAGGAGUGGAAGAAGAAGGAGAAGAAAGGGUCCGGGUCCUUCGUUGGGCUGCUGGAAGAGAUGCAAAGGAUGGAGAAGGUGGGCCAUUCCUUGAUGGACUUCGCGGACGGGUUCCAGUACCCAGGGGAGGCAGAGAGGCUGGAGGAGGCGGCGGCGCAGGCGGCGGAGCUGGCCGAGACCUGCCGGAGGAUGGAGGAGGGGCUAGUGCCGCUGCAGCAGCAGAUCCGGGAGGUCUUCCACCGGAUCGUCCGGAGCCGGACAGAGGUCCUAGAUGUGUUGGACCAGGCUGGGAAGCCGUCUGCUCCAUCAGUGUAACACGUGUCACCACCCCACCGCACCCCAAAAAAAAAAAAGGACAACAAUGAACAUGUGAGAAAUUUUUGUCUGUUUGGCUUAAUAGGUUGAUUAAAUUAAAUUACCCACACGAUCAGCCAAAGUUAAGCAUGCUUGGUUGGUCUUAAUCUAGGCUGUUUAAUGGUGCUAUAAUUUCAUUUACAUCUCUCCGUAAUUCUGUUGAUUUACAUGUUUUUCACACCUUAGGGAGGCGUCACAUUAUAGAAAUGUACAUAGGCAGGCAACUGUCCGAAACUUUCGCUUGUCGGGAACGGUAUAUUAUGUAACUAAAAGAAAUUACAAUUGUCUUCUGUGUA